CGAGCUCCCGUCCACCAGCCCCUUUUCGACGCACUCAUUGGCUGUGGUUCCGGCCUGGGGCGGGUAAAAAGGAAGUGGGUGGGCGGGCAGCGUGACGUCAGUACAAGAUGGCGGCCUCGGCAACGCUGAUCUUGCGCCUGCGGAGCGGGCUGCUGCUCGGCGCCCGGGGACUGUGCACGAGGCUGGCGACGCCGCCACCCCGGGCACCGGCUCAGGCUGUGGAGAUUGGAAGCCAUGGAGGCACUCAGGCCCAGGGAUCGCAGCAGCACCAGCAACAGAACUCUGAGGGCCCUAGCUACGCCAAGAAGGUUGCGCUUUGGCUUGCAGGGCUGCUAGGGGCUGGUGGGACUGUGAGCAUCGUCUAUAUCUUUGGAAACAACUCUGUGGAUGAAACUGGUGCCAAGAUUCCUGAUGAAUUUGACAAUGAUCCCAUCCUGGUGCAGCAGUUGCGCCGGACGUACAAAUACUUCAAAGAUUAUCGACAGAUGAUCAUUGAGCCUACCAGCCCCUGCUUGCUCCCAGACCCUCUGCGGGAGCCCUACUACCAGCCACCCUACACACUGGUCUUGGAGCUGACUGGCGUCCUUUUGCAUCCUGAGUGGUCGCUAGCCACUGGCUGGAGGUUUAAGAAACGUCCAGGCAUCGAGACCUUGUUCCAGCAGCUCGCUCCUUUAUAUGAAAUUGUCAUCUUUACAUCAGAAACUGGCAUGACAGCAUUUCCUCUCAUUGACAGCGUGGACCCUCACGGCUUCAUCUCCUACCGCCUCUUUCGGGAUGCUACAAGAUACAUGGAUGGGCACCAUGUUAAGGACAUUUCUUGUCUGAAUCGAGACCCAGCCCGUGUGGUCGUUGUGGACUGCAAGAAGGAAGCCUUCCGUUUGCAGCCUUACAACGGGGUGGCCCUGCGGCCCUGGGACGGCAACUCUGACGACCGGGUCUUGUUGGACCUGUCUGCCUUUCUCAAGACCAUUGCAUUGAACGGCGUGGAGGAUGUCCGGACAGUGCUGGAGCACUACGCGCUGGAGGAGGACCCACUGGAAGCUUUUAAGCAGCGGCAGAGCCGGUUAGAGCAGGAGGAACAGCAGCGCCUGGCCGAGCUCUCCAAGUCCAGCAAGCAGAAGCUUUUCUUUGGCUCUCUAACCAGCCGCUUCUGGCCUCGCUCCAAAGAGCCCUGAUUCCUGGGCCACCUCAAACUUACUGCCUGGGUCCUGGCCCCGGGGCUCCCAGACCCAAGAGAUGGGAAGCCACGUGUCCAAUAAAGUCCAUACCAGAUGCCACAGCU